AUGAAAGCGUUUUCCACACUCUUAAAACUCAAGGACUCAGAUAAAUUUGUGUGGAACGACGCGCAUCAGGUGGCGUUUACGCAAAUCAAAGUCUCCCUCAAGAACCCGCCUGUCUUGGUUCCUCCCCGGCGCGGUAAGCCUCUUAAGCUCUAUAUCUCGGCGGCCGAAGAAUCCAUCGGCUGCCUCCUCGCGCAAGAUAACGACGCCGAACGGGAACAUGCUGUUUUUUAUCUCAGCCGCAAUCUCAGUCGACCAGAGAUCAAUUAUUUAGCCGUCGAGAAGCUGUGCCUAGCCGUUUUUUUCGCCGUUUCCAAGCUUCGGCAUUAUAUGCUCCCAUCGGUUACCCAGGUUAUUGCGCAGACCGACGUCAUCCGCUACAUGCUCACUCGACCGAUCGUAAAAGGCCGCAUUAGGAAAUGGACCAUGGCACUGUCCGAGUUUAGCUUGCAAUAUGUAGCUCAGAAAGCCGUCAAGGGCCAAGCAUUGGCUGAUUUCCUUGCUCAACAUCCCUCCCCAUACGGUUUUGGGGGCAACGACGUUGACAUCGGCAUGGUUCAGACGCGCGACAACCACUGUACGAUGUAUUUUGACUGCCCCAGUACGUUAUCUUCGGCGGGCGUGGGAAUUGUCAUUCAAUCCCUGAAUCACGAUCGUUGGUUCUUUUCGCUUAAGUUGGACUUCGACUACACCAACAAUCAGGCCGAAUAUGAAGCCCUAAUCAUCGGCCUUGGAAUUCUCCAUGACCUGGGGGCAACCCGCGCCCUCGUCCUCGGUGACUCCGAGCUUAUGAUUAACCAACUUAAUGUACCUGGACAAUCCUAA